CGCAGAGCCGUCUCUUCUCGACCUGAGCCGGAGCCGCUGCCGUCGCAGCCGUUGGGAAGAAUGACGCCAGACGUUUUGUUUUCCCGAAUAAAUAAGUCCGCUCCAAGUAGCAGUGCAAAACUUGUUCCACCCACCUCGGCGUGGUCUCACACCAGCAUCAUGAGCAGUGCAAGUGGACGAGGACAGCACCAAAAACACACCGACGACCACAAUGCCGUGAAGUCGGUGGGUGGACUGGUCAGGAAAUUGUGGAAUUUGAACAAGAGUGGAGCUGCAGCUAUUUCUGUAGCGAAUCGACCACCAGCACAGAGUUCCUCCAGUUGUGGCUCAGCUUCAACAUCACAAGAAAUUUUCGAAAUCCUAGACAGAUUGAAAAACAAGCCAAAAACAGACUUCACCCUGCGCC